AAAUUUAGGGUUAAUAAAUUUAAGAAAUCAAACGUUUGUAUAUAUAUAUAUAUAUGUAAAAUUUACUGUGCUCGUAUUUUAGAGCUAUACCUGGCUAUAUUCCAUAAACAGAUUCAAAAAUAUUAUUAUGGACUUACGUGUUACACCUAAAUUUCCUCAUUUUGUUUUUUCUUAAGUACCGAUGAGUGAAGUAUUUUAACAUCGGAUAUGUUAGUCCAGGAGUAGAUCCUUCACAGAAACAAACAGUUGCUGUAAAAAAUCUAUCAUGACCAUUUCUAUCAAGUAUUGCAUCGGUAUUGAACUUAUUUACAUAAUAAUAGCAAUCAAUCAAAGAGUUCGCUCUAUUUUCGAACUGGCUGAUUGUAAGCAAUUGAAGAACGUAGAAGAAAAAUAUCAGCUAAGUUUUAUUCCGUUUAACAUGACGAACAACAGCGGCAGCAUAUAUAACAAAAACUGUCUAAUUUAUAAGUUGCAGACACUAAAAGUAAUGUUUCUAGUUCCACAAAUGGUACCGUUAGGCGUUACUUCAAACGUCUCGCAUUCUGUGUAACAUAAAUUUUCUUCACACGAGGGUUCGGACUGGUUUUCGUAGGUGUCCCUAAAUCAGGUAUACAAACACGCUACCACUGCAUUAUUGCGAAAAUAGGUUCCAUACACAGGCAAUAUCGAUGUAUCGUCAGAUAUUGUAAACAGUAUUUAUCGUAAAAGGAUCGUUUAUACCCUAUAGAUCGGAUACUUCUGUGCAACAGGAAAUUUUAGAUGUUUCGACUUUGAAGUACUAACUCUAAUGAACGUAAUGUAUUCAUUACUGCGCUUAUACUAAUAGAUUUUUUUUGCGGUGACUGCUGAACUCGCCUGGGACCGGUACAAAAUCACCGUUUUAAAAUUCGCGCCAAAAUACGUGCACAGUGUGAAAAUCAAGUGUGCUUAAUUGUAGUGGCUCUACGAAAACGUCCCACUAAAAACAUAAAUGUUAAACAUAUCACAGCAAUAGCUUCACAAAUAAUACUACCGUUAUUAAUGAUAUUAUAAUAAAACUAGAUUAACACUGAUUUAUUCUACGGCCAUAAUUAGGUUUCCUAUACAGAAACACGAGUCCGCUAACGUUUUGGCGUUUACCAUAUUUAAUGUUUCCGAAAUUCAUUCACCACGCUGGUGUACCUGUAGUAAUAAUUAAUCAUACAUUACUUUUUUAUUAGUUCCUUCAGUAAUUUAAGUUAACUUUAGAUUCUUAGUCAACUGAAAAUUCUUCUAUCAGACAUAUCGGUCUGUAGAUAGCCAGACUCAGAAGCCACAUUUAGCUGUGCACUAGGUGUUGCAAUAUGGUAUAAAAAUACCAGUAUAUUCCCAAAUUGUGUGUUCAUAAGGUCAACGAUUAAAGCAAUAUGACCUUUUUUCGUCAGACAGAAAAUAUUUGAAUAAACAAGAAUUUGUACUUGGGGCAAAAAUGGAUACAUCUUGUGUGGAAAAUCUUAAGAACCCCAUCGGCUCCGGCCUUCAAGCAUACCGCAAUGGGAGUACCGGCAUUUUUUCGUUGGCUAUCUCGCAAAUAUCCGAACAUUAUUGUACACUGUGUCGAGGAGAAAGGCCAUUCAGUCGAUGGCAAUGCGCGUGUCAAUGUUGACACAAGUAAACCAAAUCCGAAUAAUGUCGAGUUUGAUAACCUCUAUUUGGACAUGAACGGAAUUAUUCAUCCAUGCUGUCAUCCAGAAAACAAACCUGCUCCUCGGAACGAGGACGAAAUGAUGGUGGCCAUUUUCGAGUAUAUCGACCGUAUAUUCAGCAUUGUUCGGCCACGCAGACUGUUGUACAUGGCCAUCGAUGGAGUCGCUCCGCGGGCUAAAAUGAACCAGCAGCGCUCUAGAAGGUUUCGAGCAUCAAAAGAAGCUGCCGAAAAAGCAGAGGCAAUGGCACGACUGAGGACAGAACUUACCUUAAAAGGCUAUCAUUUGCCGCCAGUGAAGGCACCCGAAGAACACUUCGACUCAAACUGCAUUACGCCGGGAACGCCUUUCAUGGACAGACUGGCCAAGUGCUUGCAUUAUUAUAUCCAUGAUCGACUUAAUAAUGAUCCUGGUUGGAGAAACAUUGAGGUAAUUUUAUCCGAUGCCAACGUACCAGGGGAAGGCGAACAUAAAAUCAUGGACUUCAUUCGUAAGCAGCGUUCGAAUCCUGCUCACGAUCCCAAUACAAAGCAUUGUCUCUGCGGGGCUGACGCUGACCUCAUCAUGCUUGGUCUUGCGACUCACGAGCCCAACUUUACAAUUAUCCGGGAGGAAUUCAAACCCAACCAGCCAAAACCUUGCGAGUUAUGUGGUCAACUCGGACAUGAGAUGAAAGAUUGCAUGGGUUUACCUAAAGAGGUGGCGUCACAAGCUCAAAUAGAGAAACCGCUUGGCUCUGAAACUGAAUUUAUAUUCAUCAGAUUAAAUGUAUUGAAAGAGUACCUGAUGAAAGACCUGCAUAUUGAGGGCCUGCCAUUCAAGUGGUCAACGGAGAGGGCGAUCGACGAUUGGGUGUUCUUGUGCUUUUUCGUUGGUAACGAUUUUCUGCCACAUUUACCUUCACUUGAAAUUCGUGAAGGUGCUAUCGAUCGUCUUGUACGAAUUUAUAAGGAAACUAUUCAUAAGACGAAGGACUAUCUCACGAAGGAUGGCUUUGCGAAUAUCUCACAUUGCUGCAUGAUUUUAACGAAACUGGGCGAGGCUGAAGAUGAGAUUUUUCGGGAAAGACAAAUCAAUGAAGAGAAAUUUAAGCGGCGUCAGAAAGAGCGGCAAGCGAUGCAAAAGCAAGAGUACGCACAGCCGGCCUAUCUGAGCGCGGGACAGUUUGCGCCUCGAGCCUUGAAUGAUAGCCCAAGCGCCAUUGCAGAUGCCAGGAAUGAGGUGUUUAACCAGCGGCGUCAAGCCAUGGAGUUCUCUCGUGGACUUCACACUGGAGCUGAUUUGCAGUUAAUGCUACAGCCCGAGGGCGAGGACAAAAACCGAGGCGAGAAACGCAAACUCAAUGAAGAAAAGGAGGAACCGGAGGACGAGGUUCGUCUUUGGGAGGUCGGCUGGAAGGAGCGGUACUACGAGAGUAAAUUUGAUGUUUCUCCGGAAAACUUAUCAUUUCGACAUGAAGUGGCUGCGUCUUAUGCUGAAGGCUUAUGCUGGGUCCUUCAUUACUACUUUCAAGGCUGUGCGUCGUGGAAGUGGUUCUUUCCUUAUCACUAUGCUCCGUUUGCAUCAGAUUUCAGCCAAAUCGGAGAUCUAAAGAUAAGCUUUGAGAAAGGCACGAAACCCUUCAACCCAAUGGAACAACUGAUGAGCGUAUUUCCAGCCGCUAGUCGACAGCAUUUGCCUGAACCGUGGGGUGAUCUGAUGGAAGAUCCUGAAAGUCCCAUUAUCGACUUUUACCCAACCGAUUUUCGAAUAGAUCUUAACGGUAAAAAAGCUGCCUGGAUGGGCGUUGCGCUGCUUCCAUUCGUCGAUGAAAAACGGCUUCUUGAAACGGUUGCCACGGUUUAUGACCAGUUAACACCAGAAGAACGGCGUCGUAAUGCGAGGGGAGACAACUACCUGUUCCUACGGAAAAGUCAUAAGGGAUACGCAUUUUUGAGGGGCCUUUACGAAAAUAAGUCACAGCGAAUGCUCAAUGAUACAGUGGAGCACGCGAUUCCGCCUGAGUCGUAUAACGGUAUGGCAGGAACAGCCUUAACUACUGAUAAAGUCGUAGCGGAAAAAGGCAAAGUCUUGAGCCCGAUUCAUGCAUGUCAACCGAUUCCAAAUAACGUGGCUGUUGUUGUUCGAUGGAGAGAUCCUGUCUACCCCGACGAUCACAUCUAUCCCGCUGUCAAGCUCCCGGGUGCGAAAGAUCCUGAACGCGUGCUUCGUCCAGAAGAUCUUGUGGACAACGAACCUCGUCAAUGGCGACCGCAAGCAGGAAUGGCUAGAAGCAACCAAAGGGCACAGCUCGCUCAAAGCGGUCAUCGCAUGGUGGAGCACUAUGCCAAUAUUCGACCACCUCAGAAUUACGGGCACGGUGGUGGUCAAGACCGCGGCGGUUACGACGGGUACCAACAGCACGGGGGCAGUAACUUCUAUCAAAAUCAAGGAGGGGAGGUGCCUAGCGGAUUAUACCAUCACCGAGGUGGGGGUGGCUUUUCAGGUGGUAACGGUGGCCGUAGCUAUAUUACGGGGAUAAACCAAGCAGAUUACAGGUACAGCAGUUACGGCGGCAGACAGAGUGGUGGCUACUACACAGAUUCGUAUGGAAGUGGUGGGGGCAGAGGUGGCGCCAGUGGCUAUCACCAACAACAACGAGGGACACCAAUGCAUCAAAGGGGCGAGCACCAUCAGCACUAUCAGUCGUAUUAUAGCCAAGGUAACACAUAUGGCACUGCUGGGGGUCCGAGGCAAACUCGACCGCAACAGGGCUAUGGACAGUAUAGAGGAGGUGGGCAUUUUGCAGGAGGAUGGGGUUCUUAUUACAGGCAAUAAUACUGUUAUGUACUUUGUCUAUUAUGUACUGGAAUCGAAAUUAAAGAAAGCGCCAAAAAAAGGAGUACAAACUGUAACGAAUUAACUUUUGAUUACUUAAUCCAAUUGUGUAUUUUUUAUUCAAAACAUUCGAGCGCCAUAUAUAUAUAUAUAUAUAUAUAUAUAUAUAUAUAUAUAUAUAUAUUAUUCGCAAGAAUAGUAAAAACUUUCUGAGGUUGUACCUUCAGCGUAGCUAGACCAACUCGAAAUACGUCGAUGCUCAAAGACAUUAAGCGUGUACGUAGACCACUGCUAGGGGCCAUUUGUAUAUAUAUAUAUAUAUAUAUAUAUAUACAAAUAUUCAGUUUAUAUAUAAUACAUCGGAUAUGAUGGUAUCUAAUGUCCUUUUGAAAUCAUGCACUACAGGCAAUCGUACACCCUCUCAUGUGAUUGUAGGAAAGUCUUACGAAAUAUUGCUUGUCAUAUUCGAAAGAAUUUCGAGUUUCUCAAAAGUUUCAUCGCACUGUAAAUGUAUUAAGUAGAUGAUGCACGAAUGCUUUAGCUGCGUGUGACCUUGGCCUACUUAAAUAAUUAGUAAAACAAGGCAUGUGACGUAAGCGCGAUUCAGUGAAGCGCCGGUGGAUAUCUGCAUAUAUUUAAACGAUAGUUAUAGAAUCGUAUUGUUGUAUGGAUUAAAAAGUAUACUGCAGUCCGCUCGAACAGUAACUCCUGGGGAGAAGUGACAAAUGCAAAUGCGUAACGACUGAAAACGACCUAUCCUUCGUGUAGACUGCAUUGCUAUAGACUGUGUGUAUAUGCUUUACCCGCUGUAUCAUACGAUUGUAUAUCACGAAGAAUAAACAGAACAAAAUUGUAUAUUCCAUCGCCUAGUCGAUCGAACAAUAUGCUUGGCUCGUUUACUAGGGUACGUUUUCUUUGAUGAAGUGAAAAGAAAAACAUUUACAUAAAAAUUUUUCAAAAAAUCAACGGUGUUCCUUACACAAUAACGUUUGAUGUGUUUCCUCGAUAUUUUAUCAUGACAAUAAAAAUACUGUAAAUUCUAUUAAAAUGCAUUUACAGAAUAAAAGUGUCUCAUGAAGUAUACAGUUUAGUUCAACACCAAUUGCAAUCAUCAAAAGAUCUAGUUUGUUCUCUUGAAGUCGAAGACUGAUAUAGUUCUUCACGCUGAAACAAGGUUGCAUUUUUGCAGGAAAAACUAUACAUCGCUUUCAAUUAGGAUUCGAUUAUCGUUACGUCUCUCUAGCAAAAAAACUCUAUUGCUGAGUGAAGGGCAAACCUACCUAGCUUUUUCGCCUGGUUUUAUCUGUCAUGACGAACCUUGGCUCAUAGUUACGUCGUUUGACUUCAAUCUGCUCUGCCCGUAAAUAUGAGUGGUUCAUUUUACGAAAUGUUUAAUUAAACAAGUUAGACAAGUGCUAUUUUGAAUCAGGUUCGAUUCUACCGCUAAACUUACGGGUUAAGUUGCAAUUUCGCUCAACAGCUAGUGUAUUAUAAUUCAGCUGCAUAUCACCCGCAGAUAUGUGUUGUCCUGUAAAACGUUUUGUUGUUACAAGCUUAAUGGUUGACUACAAACCGUAUUAGUUUCUAUUUUUGGCAGGCUUUUAGGGUAUGCUUGUCAUAUGGAUACUGAUGAGUGCUGCAAUAUAAGCAGACAACCUAAGACUCUACCUUCAAUGCAGUGAAAAACAAUGAAAAGUUGACCGAACGAGCCGGUAACUAAAAUGGCCAAAGUUGUCGUAAUCGAUUCUUCGUAUUAGUGUUUCGUUGCACGUCUGGAAGUACCGAUAAAACGAGGCUUCCCAACUCGAAACGUGACUACCAAAGCAGCUGCACCAUAAAAUGGGAUCGAACCGCGAAGCCGAAAGGUUAGCAAAAUGCAACACCGGCGAGAAACGGUCAGAAACCGUGAGGAAGUCCCCCUCAGUCCCAC